AUUCUUUAGAGAACCUUCCGUCGUUUACUCCUAAAAAACCCCCUCUCUCUCCCUCUCUCUCUCUCUCUGUGUACACUCACAGACUGAGUCACAGUCUUUCAUCCCUCUAAAAACACCUCUGUUGCACUGUACGGUCCCUUCUAAUGGCUGAAAACGAAGAUGGCCAAAUCGCCGGUGAGAGCUUCUCGCAGUUACUUUUCGCCGCCGAUGAUUUGGGUCUCGAUUCAGACAGUUAUUACAACUACACUUCGUCGUUUUCCCCUCAAAUACCCCCCAAAAUGCUCUGUUUCGGAGAUAAUAGCAACAAAUGUGAAAUCGCAACACCACCGCAGAAAUCAGGAGCCACAUGCAGGAAUUCUUCCCCGGCGUCAUCCACCACCAACGCUCCGUCCAAAGUCAAUAAAAAGAGAAAUGGGUCCGGAAAAGAAUCUGUUCAGAGUUUCGUAGCCGGAACCGGAGCUCCGGCCAGCAGUCAGAGGAACUGUAGAAAGAGAAAAUCGGAGAAUCCGACGGUCGGCGGCCGCGGCCAUGGAAAGGUGAAGAGAGAGAAGCUUGGUGAAAGAAUCACGGCACUGCAACAACUCGUAUCACCCUAUGGAAAGACGGAUACGGCUUCUGUACUUCACGAAGCGAUGGGAUACAUCAGGUUUCUGCAGGAGCAAGUUCAGGUCUUGAGCUCUCCUUACUUGAAAACUCACCCUUCCUCCCUCAGCCACUUUCACCAUCAAGAAGGAGGAGAAGAACAACCAGGAAAGAAUGAUUUGAGGAGCAGGGGUCUGUGUCUGGUCCCAGUAGAGAGUAUCGCACAUGUUUCAAGCAACAAUGGCGCUGACUACUGGUCACCUGCAGCAAUGGGGAACCAUGUUUCACCAAACCACUAAAGAAAUUUCAUUUUCGCUGUGUCUUUUGUACAUUUUGGUACUCCUGCCCCAGUGAAGAAAAAGGGUAAUCAAAUACAGUAGCAAGAAAGUUGUAGAGAACAGAAAACCUCCAUAGAAAAGGGAAAAGUGGAACAAGGGAUUUUCUGUUUUGCCCCUCCAUUUCUUUUUGCUGAAAAAAAAAAAGAAAUUGAUUUUUGGCACUCCAGUUUUAACCACUGGCACUCCAGUUUGUGUCUUGAUCAUGUGAGAAAACAAAACUAAAAAUGGAGCGUCAUUGGCUAAAAGUGGUGGUCUGGAAAAUAGGGCUAAUCGGUAAGGGUUUCUCUUCUUUUUGACAGCUUUAUUUAUUUUUUGUUGGGUUGUGUUUAUUGAUCGAAAAUGGUGGUUAUUUGAUCUAGAGUGCAGAAGUACAAGUAUGGUAUAGAGUAAUAAGAUAAGUAUUUUGAAGGUCAUCAUACAUGUUUUGGACCGGUCCAGUUUUAUAUCUUUCAGGAUCUUUCCGAACCCAUUUCAAUGAUCGGAACAUUGAGUUCAGCUCGUAUGAGAAGCAGUUCAACAGUGUCAACGAUCAAGAAUAUAUCUAUUUGAAGUUAAUGGGUUUAAUUGGGUGUGUAGGUCCCUUUUUUCUUAGACAAUUUUUUUUUAAAUUGUAUUUAUCGAUAUUUGAUCUAUAGUACGUGAUUUUUGCCA